AUGAGUGACUCAGUUACUAUUAGAACUAGAAAAGUUAUCACCAACCCAUUAUUAUCAAGAAGACAAUUUGUCAUUGAUGUUUUACACCCAGGUAGAGCUAAUGUUUCAAAAGAUGAAUUAAGAGAAAAAUUAUCCGAAAUUUAUAAAGCUGAAAAAGAUGCUGUUUCAGUAUUUGGCUUCAGAACUCAAUAUGGUGGUGGAAAAUCAACUGGUUUUGGUUUAAUUUAUCAAUCAGUUGCUGAUGCUAAAAGAUUUGAACCAACUUAUAGAUUAAUCAGAUACGGAUUAGCUGAAAAAGUUGAAAAAGCUUCAAGACAACAAAGAAAACAAAAGAAAAAUAGAGAAAAGAAAAUCUUUGGUACUCAAAGAAAAGCUCAAAAGAAAGCUGCUAAAAGAAAUGCUGAAUAA